CCUUGUCACAAACCUUAUAUAUACACACUAAUCUCGACUCUCGAGUAGUGCACUAAUUGAGCUACUAGCAAUUUGGUCCAAGCGAGAGAACCAAAAGUUAGCUUACCAUCUUGAACUCAAUCAGUUCUUCGCCUCCCGGUCCCGAUCGAUCAUGCCUUGCGAUGGCGAUGACAAGGAGUCGAAAGGCCGCCUGAACGCGGUCAACAUCGCCGCCCGCGUCGCCGCCAUGGGGCUCGCCGUGGCGUCGGCGGCUCUCAUGGUGACGGCCAGCCAGUGCACCGUCGUCCUCCCGAACGGCGCCGAGGCACACACCGUCACUUACAGCGACUUCGGCCCCUUUGUGUACCUGGUGGUGGCGAACGCCAUUGCGGCGGUCAUGGUGGGGGUGGCCAUCUUCCUGAGCGUGUGGAAGAAGGGCAGUGCCAAGUGCUCCAGGGUGCUCGUGCCGCUCCUCGACGUCGCCGCGCCGGCGCUGCUCUACUCGGCGACCGGCGCCGCCUUCGCCACCAGCGAGUACAUGUCCUACUGCUCACCCGGCCGCGGCCGCAUCAGCGUCUGCGAUGGCACCGUCCGGGGCACAAAUAACUUCUGCAGCCAGGUGCACAUGGCCAUGUACAUCUCGCUGGCCGCCGCCGGUGCCGUGUCGGCCGCGGAGCUGGUGAAGAACUUGACGCUGCCCUUCGGCAGCUCCGGGUCGGACUCCGACUCGGACGCCGGCUGCGAGCAUGGGUGCCACCACAAGCAUUAGCUAGGUUUCUUUCGUCCCUACUCUUUCUGUGACAUACUCCAGUUACGUACAAUAAUGCUAAUUGACUGCUUCGAUUUUUUACCACAUUCCAAUUGUGCAGCUGUUAGCUGGUCAGUACUAUAUUUUGUACUUAUCUACGUUAUCAAGGGGGCAACCUGUUCGUUGUGCUGCUGUUGUCUGCAUUAAUUUCCG